CGGCCUCAUUCAUCCCUCUCCGCCGCAUCCACACCUUCAUGAAUCUGCCGACGUAUAAUAUAUAUAUAUAUAUAUUCAUACAUUUUGAUCCAAUUUCCAUAUCCGCUCACUCAUCUGAUUUUGUUUCCAUUUCAUCUGAUGAAGCGAUUCAGAGUUCAAUCUCAAAUCGACGUAAUGGGAGUCGCCGAUUGCUUGAUUUCAAACCACGCCAACACGGCGGCGUUUUCCGGCCGAGUUUUUGUCUGCAAAACUUGUAAUCGUGAAUUUUCCUCGUUUCAAGCUCUUGGCGGCCACAGAGCUUCUCAUCGGAAGCUCAAACCGUUUCUGUCCGGUGACGGUCUUCAUAAUAAUGCUAUUAAGACGAAGGCUCAUGAGUGCUCUGUCUGUGGACUUGAGUUUCCCCUAGGGCAGGCGCUCGGCGGCCAUAUGCGCCGCCACCGGAACUCUUCUCCGCUCGCCGAUUGUCCACCGACGACUCAGCCUGUCUCCGAUGAAUCCGAUUACGACAUCGGCGUUGGAGGAAUUUUUGGAGUGGAUUUGAAUCUGACGCCGUUGGAGAAUGAUCUUGUUCGGUUGCAGUUGAUGGCUCCGCCGGUCUGUUGCUUGACAUAAUUUUUUUUUUUUUUUUGGUGUAAAUUAUUUCAUUUAUUUAUUGUUACUGUAAACUUACACAAAAUUUGUUUUAUCUUUCAAGAAUCUUCCAGAAAUUAUGAAGAAAUUGAUGAGUAUUUGAAAGAAUUAAAGUAUAUGAGAACAGCGAAAAUUACAACUCCAAAAUAUGAUAAUCGAUUAAGCAAAUUGGAAUAAUUUUCAUCGCGGAACGCCACAAUCGCGCUACAAAAAUCAUUUACCGGAAAUAAAACACCAGAUCGACGCUGAAGAACGAACCUGGUUGAAAAAUCAUACGGUGGCGGUGCUUUGUUCUUGCAUUGUCGUGAUUUUGCGGCGAAUUAGGGCUCCAAUUCCACGGCGAAAAAAACGAGCGAUCGAUUUCAAGAAAUGAAGUUAGCCUAUAAUAAUCUAUUGAUUCAACCGAUGGAGCAAUCACGAAAUCUCGGCGUUGCGGUGGUUGUGGCGGCAGGCGGUUCUUCUCCUCCAACUUCGGGCGGAUUUUACGGCGGCGCUCUACCUCUUUCGGAAAUAGCUUCUGCCAUAGUUGUUCUUGGGCCUUGAAACGCAUGUUCUUGAGAUUUAGACUGAAAUAUGUUUAAAUUGAGUAGAAAA